CUCUUUAAUUUUGGUGUUGUGGUUGCAAAAGGGGAGAAUUUUUGGAACUUCAAUUCACUCCCCCUAUUGGAGUGCAUUGAGUCAACAAUUGGUAUCAAAGCAAGGGCUCCAAUUUGAAGGUUUAACCACCUAGGAGUUGAUCAAGGAUGGCUCAAUUUCAAGCUUCUCAACCACUUGAAGGUUUGUCUACCACCAAACCUCCUUUCUUUGAUGGUACUAAUUAUAAUUAUUGGAAAAAUAGGAUGAAGGUCUUCGUGCUUGCAAAUGUGCCCAAGGCAUGGAUUGUGACUAUGAAAGGUCCAUAUGUACCUAUGAAAGUAGUUGGGGGAAAGUGUGAUACGGCUAAGGAGAUGUGGGGCAUGUUAGAGUCACCAAAUCUCAAGGCUUUUGGUAAAGUUUAUCCUUCUCAAGAAGUGGUGAGGAAGGUUCUUAGAAGUUUGCCCAAGAAUUGGGAAGCCAAGAAGACUGCAAUUGAAGAAUCUAAGGAUCUCAACACUCUCAAGCUUGAAGAUCUCAUUGGAAAAUUGAUGACAUAUAAAAUAAAAGUUCAAGUUGAUUGUGGAGUUGAAAUAGUUGAGAAGAAGAAAAAGAAUGUUGCUUUCAAGGCUAGCAACCAAAAGGAAGAGAGUGAAGAUGAUGCUAGCAAUGAGGAAGACAUCACCAAAUUGGUUUCAAAGGAAGUGAAAAAAUACAUGAAGAAGAGCCUCAAAGGGACAUCCUCUAGAAGAAACAAGGAAAUUCACUAUUCUAGAGGAAGAAUAUGUAGUGAUGAUGAUAGAGGAAAGCCAAGCAAGAAGCAUAUCAAAUGCUAUGAGUGCAGCAAGAUGGGGUAUUAUAGAAAUGAAUGCCCUCAAUUGAAGAAGGGUGAAAGGAAAAACAAGAAGAGCAUGAAGAAGAAAGCUUUUACCGCCACUUGGAGUGAUGAUGAGGCUAGCUCAACGGAAAGUGAAAGCUCCUUGGAGAAUGGUGUUGCAAAUCUUUGCUUCAUGACUCAAGAGGAUAGCAACAAUGAUGAGGAGGUAAACUCUAACUUCUCUAGUUCAAUUAAUGAAAGUUCCUUUGAGUAUUCUUAUGAUGAUUUAUGCAAAGUUCUUGAUUGCUCUAUGAAUGAUAUUAAGAGACUAGGGAAUGAGAAUCUUACUCUUACUAAAACCAUUUCAUUGCCUAAAAAUGAGAUUGUAUCUCUUUCAAAACAAAAUGAGGUUUUAGUUAAAGAAAAUGCCUCUUUAAAUGGUGAAAUUGCAUCUUUAAAGAAUGAGGAGUCUAAUAAUGCUUUAAAAAAAGGAAAAUGAGGAUGCAAAGAAGGAAAAUGAGGUUUUAAAGAGAAAAGCUUGUGAUCUUGAGAAUGUGAUUUCUAAAUUUACCUUGAGUAAAGAAAAAUUUGAUUCUAUC